CUGGGGCUGGGCAGGCGGAGGGACCGGGACGCCACGACGACGAGGAGGAGGAGGGCGAGAGAGAGAGGGAGAGAGAGAGCCGGGUCUCCCCAUGACGAUCGGUGCGCCGCCACCGCCGGCGGUCCCUGGCCAGGGUCAGCCCGUGGAGCUCCGCCCGUGAGGAGGAUGAAGGGAGCGGGCGGCGGCCACGGAGCGGCUGGGGGCGCUCCCCGCGGGCGGUGAUCCGCGCGGAAUCCACGCGCAGAAACUCGCCCACCCUUCCUUGCCUCGCAGAAGGCUGGCUCGCUCGGCCAAGAGAGAUCGCUCGGUCGGUCUCCCACGGCUCCUCUCCGCCCCACCAACCCCCGUCCUCGCCUUCGCUCGCUCUGCUCGCUCUCCUUUCUAACCCGGCUCAUUAUCCGACUGGAUCGCAUCAGGAGAUCCCCUUUUUUAUAUAUCUAGAACUACGGAACCACACCUGUUCUGCUCCAGCGCCGGAAUAAAGUCCCAGCCUGGGCUUCUAAGACCAGCAUUAGAUACUGUAAGUCAGAAAAUCCCACAGAUACUACUCAUCUGGCAGUAAAAUCACCAACGAAAUGACUCACAGUUUGAUGCUCUUUUCUCAAAUCCACUGCCUAGGGCAACUGCCACAUUCUGCCUAUUGGAUGGUUCCUCCCCCACCUAUUAACAAAUCCCACGUAUGCCUAUCCACCACACUCAUCAUGAGCAGCAUGGUGCUGAUGGAUGCCUACUUGGUGGAACAGAAUCAGGGCUCCAGGAAACUGGGCAUUUGCAUCAUGGUCUCUGUUGGGGACAUCUGCUUCCUGGUGGUGCUCAGAUAUGUGGCAGUUUGGGUUGGGGCAGAAGUGAGAACUGCCAAGCGAGGCUAUGCCAUGAUCCUUUGGUUCCUGUAUGUCUUUGUGUUGGAAAUCAAAGUCUACUUCAUCUAUCAGAACUACAAGGCGGACCGUAAAAGCCUGGACCUCAUGGCCCGCAAAGCAUUGACUCUUCUGUUGUCCAUUUGCAUCCCAGCCCUCUAUGUGCUGCUGGUGGCUACAGAGCACAUGGAAUAUGUGAGGACGUUCAAAAAGAAGGAGGAUCUUCGCAAUCGCCUCUUCUGGGUCAUCGUUGACAUGUUGGAUGUGCUGGACAUCCAGGCCAACCUCUGGGAGCCCCAGAAGAAAGGGCUGCCCAUUUGGGCUGAAGGCCUGAUGUUUUUCUACUGCUACAUCUUGCUCUUGGUCCUCCCUUGUGUCUCGCUGUGUGAAAUCAGCAUGCAAGGGAUAGGCAUUGUGCCACACCGCAUGAUGCUCUACCCAAUAAUGAGCAUGGUCACCAUCAACAUCACCACCAUCUUCAUCAGAGGGAGUAAUAUGGUGUUCUUCAGGGACAUCCGGGUCUCCGGCAUCUUCAUGGGAAAGAAUGUACUGGCUAUUGUCCUCAAGGUCUGCAUGUUUGUGCAGUACAGGAAGCACCUGCACCACACACCAGCCGGAUCUGGCGCAGCAGACCCUCAACAACAUAGCACCAUGACCCAGCCACCGCCUGUCAUGCAUCUCCUGAAACCUCAGAAGCAGAGCCCCUGUCCUGAAGAGUUGGCCCAGGAAAACACAUGACACAAGAGGUGUACUCAUGCCAGGCAACAACUAAUACCUUCUCUCUCUGAUGGUUAGGAUCAAAUGCAAAGAGGAACCAAACCUGCUAAGCCCCAUAUAGCCAGUGCUGGUUCCUCCAAGAAAGUUUUGAGUGACCCUCUUUCCUUCCUCCCUUGCACAGAUAACUGCUCGCCACGGCCUGGAAUUGCCCUGGGGUGAGAUCAGAACAGUUGUGGAGUCAAGAGACAGGACAGGACCCAGCCUGAUGCCCAGGUGCAAAGCAGCAGGCCACAAAGACAAGAUGGGUGGGACCCUGGGGAGGUGCAUCUACGAGGUCAGGAACUCCCUCCUUUACCUCUCCAGUACUGAGUUAUUCGAGCACCUGAAAGUGGUUUUGGAAGGUAGCACCUUCCAUAACUAUAGAGGUCAGGAGUAUGAGGAAAGCACCAAUUCUGUACCUCCCGGACUUGUAAUUUAAUGUUGGUGACCUUCUUUUCUGGGUUGAUUGGAUGAAGCUGCAUGAGCCGCCUGCCCCCUUAAGAUCCUGGGGCAUGUUUUGAGUAAGGGGAGAGGGUUUGCAUCCAUUCAAGAGCCACCUUGUCUUCCCCUGUGGAAACAUGCUGGUUCAUGACUCCCCCUGUCUAUUUCCUUGAUAACUUUUCUUCUCUUUUCAAUAAAAUGAAAACUGAGCCUUGA